AUGUCAGAACUUCCACCUAGUAAAGCAGCCGCGAAGAACCCUACUCAAAAAAUCGUAUACGAUGAACACAACCACGAACGCUACCCGCCUGGUGAACCCAGCAAGCGUGCAUUUGCCUAUUUGGUAUUGACAGGCGGAAGGUUCGUGUACGCCUCCCUGAUCCGGAUGCUAAUCAUCAAGUUUAUUCUGAGCAUGUCCGCCAGCAAAGAUGUCCUCGCCCUGGCCUCCCUCGAGGUUGACUUAUCCGGCAUCGAGCCCGGGACCACUGUUUCCGUGAAGUGGCGUGGGAAGCCAGUUUUCGCGAAGCAUAGAACUGAAGAGGACAUCGAGUUGGCUAACGCUGUAGAUGUUCGGUCUCUUCGUCACCCACAAGAUGACUGGGAGAGGGUUAAGAAACCAGAGUGGCUUGUUGUUGUUGGGGUCUGUACUCAUCUGGGUUGCAUUCCCUUGCCGAAUGCUGGUGAUUUUGGUGGUUGGUUUUGCCCUUGCCAUGGCUCACACUAUGAUACUUCUGGGAGGAUUCGCAAGGGGCCAGCGCCAUACAAUUUGGACGUACCCAGUUACACUUUCUUGAGCGAUGACAAGUUACUUGUUGGUGAGACCUUAUGAGGAGGGGUGCUUUUCUGGGAUCCCUUUUCCUAGUGUAGUAUGGCUAUUGGCUACUGCAACUGCAAGGUCUCAUGAUGAUAAUCUGGUGUCCUCUACUCUGUAAAAGUGAUGGAUUUUUUUUUCUGUUCAGUUAUAUGGUUUUUAUA